ACUUUAUUUCCCUAUUAUUCACUUUUACUAUUGAUUGGUGUUCCCUUCGUUUUCCAUUGUUCCUUCAGGUUACUGACCAGACCUCUAUUCAGAGGAUUCUUAAUUUCCUAAAUUAUAUUUUUCAAACAGGCAUAAUUGUUUUGGUAUAAGGAACUUGCAUUAAACAGAUCUCACCAAGAAUGUCCCGCUAUCGUGAAUGGGACCUUUCUUGUAAGGUUUAUGUAGGUAAUUUGGGUUCUUCAGCAAGCAAACAUGAAAUAGAGAACGCGUUCAGCAAAUAUGGUCCUCUGAGGAAUGUUUGGGUUGCCCGAAACCCGCCUGGGUUUGCAUUUGUUGAGUAUGAAGAUCCAAGGGACGCUGAUGAUGCAGUCAGAGGCCUUGAUGGGACUCGUUGUGGUGGAGCAAGAAUCCGGGUUGAAAUGUCCAGUGGUAGAUCUAGGAGGGGCGGUGGAGGCAGAAGGAGAGAUAGGUACUCGCCCAGGGAUCGAUCUCGUAGUCCAAGAAGGGAUAGAUCCAGGUCACGUGACAGAUCCCGCGAUAGAUCUAGGGACAGAUCACGAGACCGUGACCGUGAUCGCAGGUCCGACUCGAGGGACCGCAGGAGCGAUUCACGUGAUAGACGUUAAGGAAACUCGACCCGAUGUAAUUACCAUUCUAAGGGAUGACAGAAUAGUAAAUAUUAAAAUAAUUUGUGGUGCUUUAUUUGGCAAAAUGUGUUUUAGACAUUAUUGCGACAAUCUGCACAACUCGACUGUUAUUGAGCAAACGUUUAAUCGGAACAAAAUAUGAUAUAUUUAAUCCCAAAACGCAUUAUUAACACUUUGUAGAACCUCUACUCUGGCAUCCCAUAAUAUGGUGUGACGUUAGCAAUUCUUUGUACAUGUAAUUAUGUAGGAUAGCGGGAGCGGGUGUUGUAAAAAAAGCCAUAGUCUGGUAUAAUUUAUCUUGUUUUUUCAUCUACUUUAUUUUUAACCGGCUUCCGCCUUUCUAAACGAUUUAAUAAACUUGUCAUUGGUAACUGUCAAAUAUUUAGUUUUUUAAAUAGAUUUCUAAAAAUGUUCUUAAACGUAUCAUUAGAUUUACGAAUAAACUACACAAAUUUUAUUAUAGAUUUAAGACUUAAACAAGUUUUCAGGUUUGCUACAAUCUGAAUUUUUCGUAGAAUACCACGUAGAUAUGAUUGUUUCAUCCGCAUUAGUAAUGUAUAUUUAGUACUGUAAUUUCUUAUUGAUGAUUUGUUUCAUAUAUAGGUUUAUAUAAUUUGCUGCUUAUACGAUUUAUUAGCUUUAUAGCAUAGAGUUUUUUAUAUAUUAUUUUAUUAUGAAAUUAUUGUGAGCAAUUCAUAUUUCUUUUUAAAUUAAAAUUAUAAGAAUAACUGAGAAAA